UUGCUUCACCACACUCGCCUCUUAUAUCUCGCUCGUGAGCCUUGAGACUGGACCGAGUUCUCCGCGAUAUAGAUGCCUUCAUCGCCCGUCAGGCACACUGCUGUCCGGUACUCCACACGGGAGAUGAUUCGCUUCCUCCUCCUGUGAAUAUAUUGGUUUCCUGAGGAGUUCGGUGGGCACAAGAAAGUAAUUAGGGGUAGGAUUAUUCUUAUUAUUAGGAUUAGCAGUGGCGGUGGAGGAGAGUUGGAGGGGUUGAGAGUAUAAGAUGAGUUUUAUGGCGGCGAGGAGGGUUGAGGAGGAAGAAGAAGCGGCAGCGGCGGAGAUCCACUUGCCGGCGGAGGUGGAUUGGGAGAUGCUCGACAAGUGGCGGUUCUUCGUCAUGGGCGCGGCUCUAUUCUCCGGCGUGUCUGCGGCCCUUUACCCGGCGGUGGUCCUCAAAACGCGGCUCCAGGUCGCGCAGCCACCGUCUCCGUGCCUCCGCGCGGCGGCGGCGAUCUUCCGCCACGAGGGUCCCCGGGGAUUCUACCGUGGCUUCGCCACCUCGCUCGCCGGCACCGUCCCGGCUCGGGCUCUCUAUAUGGGCGCGCUGGAGGCUACCAAGAGCGCCGUCGGCUCCGCCACGCUCCGGCUCGGCGUUCCGGAGCCCACCGCGUCGGCUGCCGCAUCCGCCGCCGCCGGGCUCAGCUCGGCCGUCGCCGCACAGGUCGUCUGGACCCCCAUCGACGUGGUCAGCCAACGCCUGAUGGUGCAGGGUUCGGCGGCCGCAGCCGCCAGGUACCGCGGCGGGGUCGACGCCUUCAAGAAGAUCCUCUGUUCCGACGGUCUCCGCGGCCUCUACCGAGGGUUCGGGAUGUCCAUCCUCACUUAUGCCCCGUCCAACGUUGUGUGGUGGACGUCCUACUUCCUCUCUCAGAGACUAAUCUGGGGUGGCGUUCGCUACCACAUGGACGGCGGUGGCGGCGGGGAGUUGAGGCCAGGGCAGGGGACGGUGGUGGCGGUGCAGGGCGCGAGUGCGGCGGUGUCGGGGGGAGCGGCGGCGGUAGUGACGAUGCCGCUGGACACGAUCAAAACGAGGAUGCAGGUGUUGGACGACGGCGGCGAGAGGAUGACGAUCGGUAGAACAGUGAGGAGCCUUCUAAGGGAGGGGGGUUGGAGGGCGUGCUACCGAGGGCUAGGGCCGAGGUGGGCUUCCACGUCGCUGUCGGCCACCACCAUGAUCACCACCUAUGAGUUUUUGAAGAGGCUUUCAGCCAAAGACGGCUCUGUUUGAGGUACUUCACCCCGGGAAAAAAGGGGAAUCUUUUGCCUACUCUCUUCUUCUUCCUACAAUUUUACUGUAUAUAAAAUUAGUCACUGUUAGUUGAAUGAAUGUUCGAGUUUUCAGUGCCAUUACGGAAUUUUCUGAUGUAUUCUAGCGCAGGUAUGGAUAUGAACUUUUAUGAAAUGAAAACUCGAUCUUGAUUUA